CACAUAAUCCCCAUUCUCAUCUCUUUCUUUCUUUCUUCUUCAUCUCCAUUUUCUUCUUCCUCUGGAGAUAUAUACCCACACGAACCUCACCUUCUUCUCCAAUCUAACAUCAAUUGCCUUUCUCUCCCUCUCUCUCUCUGAACUUCGCCUCUCAGUUUCUGCUGCAAGGGAGAGGAGCGAGUGAGUUUUUUGCAUUACCGAGUUCCCGUCUCUUCUUGCUCGCGUUUGCUUUGCAACAAUGGCGGCAGCUUCGGCGAGGGUGGAUCUCGACGGGAAGCCGAUCAAGCCGAUGACGAUAUGCAUGAUCGGCGCCGGAGGCUUCAUUGGCUCGCACCUGUGCGAGAAGGUCCUGACGGAGACGCCGCACAAGAUCUUGGCUCUGGAUGUCUACAACGACAAGAUCAAGCACCUCCUGGAAGGCGAGAACGCGUCCUUGGCUGAGCGGAUUCAGUUCCACCGCAUCAACAUCAAGCAUGAUUCCCGCCUCGAAGGCCUCAUCAAGAUGUCAGAUCUGGUCAUAAAUCUGGCGGCGAUCUGUACUCCGGCUGAUUACAACACUCGUCCGUUGGACACAAUCUACAGCAAUUUCAUCGAUGCGCUCCCUGUGGUGAAAUACUGCUCUGAGAACAGCAAGCGUCUCAUUCACUUCUCGACUUGCGAAGUGUAUGGUAAAACCAUUGGGAGCUUUCUUCCCAAAGACAGUCCUCUUCGUGAGGAUCCUGCAUACUAUAUCCUUAAAGAAGAUGAAUCGCCUUGCAUCUUUGGCUCAAUUGAGAAGCAAAGGUGGUCUUAUGCAUGUGCAAAGCAAUUGAUUGAAAGGCUGAUAUAUGCUGAGGGUGCUGAGAAUGGCCUGGAGUUCACCAUUGUGAGGCCAUUCAACUGGAUUGGCCCCAGGAUGGAUUUCAUUCCUGGCAUUGAUGGCCCAAGUGAGGGUGUUCCCAGGGUUUUGGCAUGCUUUAGCAAUGCUCUCUUGCGACGUGAACCACUAAAGCUUGUAGAUGGUGGCCAAUCCCAGAGAACUUUCAUCUACAUUAAAGAUGCCAUCGAAGCAGUUAUGCUGAUGAUUGAAAAUCCUGCCAGGGCCAAUGGCCACAUAUUCAAUGUGGGCAACCCUAACAAUGAAGUAACUGUUAGGCAGCUUGCUGAAAUGAUGUCAGAGAUCUAUGCCAAGGUCAGUGGCGAUCAGGCUUUGCAGUCACCAACAGUCGACAUCAGCUCAAAGGAAUUUUAUGGAGAGGGAUAUGAUGAUAGUGACAAGAGAAUCCCAGACAUGACCAUCAUCAAUAGGCAACUCGGUUGGAACCCGAAGACAUCGCUGUGGGACUUGCUGGAGUCAACUCUCACCUAUCAGCACAGGACGUAUGCGGAAGCUAUUAAGAAGGUUAUAGCAAAACCCACAGCGAGCUGAAGAAAUACGUAAGAGAAUGUUUGAACUAUACUCUUUUGAGGAAGUGCCACAAUUCAUUGUAAUGAAGUCCUUUUGCAAAAGUACAACUUGAUAGUUUGAUUCCCUCCCCCAUAUAGGCUUAUGAUUUCAAUUUUUUCGUUCUUUUGCCCCAUUCUGGGGAUUCCUCUUGGUCGUGCCUGGCAAACAGCGAGAGUCCAGUGUAGUAUUAAGGAAUACGUUUUUGUUUACGGGAGGCUGUUAGUUCCGAACAUAGUCAUGAAUGCUGCUGUUCUCUUAUUGUCAUACAUUUUGUAAGUGGAGCUUUGGUCUGUUGCUAGGGCAAGAAGGGACGAAAUGUACAAGUUGGUUCAGUGGAUGAAUUGUUCAGAUGGGAUGUUUGCUCUUGCUUUGCCAAUGACGUUCCUCUCUGUAUUCUGCUUCUUCAGGCAUGUGUUGUAUUAACGUGUUCACCCUGUAUGAAGGUUUUUAGUCUAGUUAUUGUCUGCAUAUCGCGCUUCCUUGUUUCCUGGUUAGUAGGGGUGAUUUCGUCUUGCAACUAUGACCAUUGGUCCAUCUUGUGCAUGUUUCGCUGGGUUGCUGCCUUCGUCCUAGACUCUAGAAAACGAGAACCGUUUCCCUUCACUUGUUAUUCUUGUCAAAGCACCUUGCUGCUCCUUGUCUGUGUAAUGGCUUGAAGUUCUGCUUUGAAUUGACGACAAUUGCU